UGACUCUCAGACUGACAAACACAAGUCUCUCGGUUUCACUGGCAGGCUACGGAAGACAACUGAACACCAGCAGUGCCGAGUGAUUACAUUUACCUCCAAGUGUCACAACCCGAGCAGCAUUUCCUUUACUUUGCACCGCUCUCCAUCUCAAAUGGCUUAGGAAGAGUCUUACACUCCCGGGGAGAGUAAAUAACGGGGGGGAAAAAAAGGGGAAUAACGGAGACGGUCUGGGUGAAAUGCACGGUUAUGAUUUCUGUUUUUUGAUAAGGGUGUCCAACACAGAGCUGUAGUUUCUCUUCAAGAGGCGAGGAAUGCAAUCUGAGCAUCAAUGUUUCACUGGGGCAAGUGGAAGAAGAGGAUGGGAGCCAACAGUUCUUCAAAGAGACCCGUGUUCGACGAGAAGGAGGAUGUGAACUUCGACCACUUCCAGAUACUGCGUGCCAUCGGGAAAGGGAGCUUUGGAAAGGUAUGCAUCGUGCAGAAGCGGGACACGGAGAAGAUGUACGCCAUGAAGUACAUGAACAAGCAGCAGUGCAUCGAGAGAGAUGAGGUCCGAAACGUCUUUAGAGAGCUUGAGAUCCUUCAGGAAAUUGAACAUGUUUUUUUAGUAAAUCUCUGGUACUCGUUCCAGGAUGAGGAGGACAUGUUCAUGGUGGUGGACCUCCUGCUGGGAGGAGACCUGCGUUACCACCUGCAGCAGAGCGUCCAGUUCAGCGAGGACGCCGUCAAACUCUACCUCUGUGAGAUGACGCUGGCGCUCGACUACCUGCAGAGUCAGCACAUCAUCCACAGAGACGUGAAGCCAGACAACAUCCUGUUGGACGAGCAAGGUCACGCUCACCUGACUGACUUCAACAUCGCCACAAUAAUAAAGGACGGAGAGAGAGCCACAGCCUUAGCGGGGACAAAGCCCUACAUGGCCCCAGAGAUCUUCCAGUCGUUUGUUAGUGGAGGGACAGGCUACGCCUUUGAGGUGGACUGGUGGUCACUAGGGGUGACGGUCUUUGAAGUGCUGCGUGGAUGGAGGCCCUACGACAUCCACGCCAGUAACUCUGUGGAGUCUCUGAUCCAGCUCUUCAGCACGGUCAGCGUCCAGUACAGCCCGACCUGGCCCAAAGACCUGGUCUCCCUCAUGAGGAAGCUCCUGACAGUGAACCCUGAGCAUCGUUUCUCCAGCCUGUCUGAUAUGCAGACUUCUCCCUACCUCGCUGACGUCAACUGGGACGCCGUGUACGAAAAGAAGACGGAGGCCGGAUUUGUUCCUAAUAAAGGUCGGCUGCACUGCGACCCCACCUUUGAGCUGGAGGAGAUGAUCCUGGAGUCCCGCCCCCUCCACAAGAAGAAGAAGAGGCUGGCCAAGAACAGAUCCCGAGACAACAGCAAAGAUUCACAGUCUGAGAACGACUACCUACAGGAGUGCCUUGACGUGGUGCAGCAGGAGUUCAUGAUCUUCAACCGAGAGAAGUUGAAAAGGCGUCCGGAGGAGGGUCAGUCCGAGGCGGGGGGCGAUGACGCCAGCGGAGACGGUGACGGAGAGGCUGAACCCGGGGCCACUGAUGACGACGCACCAGAACCAGAACCCGAACCCGAUCCGGAGCCGGAGCCAGAGUCCUCCUCCAAACUGAGCAUGUGCGGCUCCGUAUGCUCCUCCCCCGGCAGCUGCUAGCUAGCACCACAUCGCCUCACAGUGACGCUCGCAGGCCUCUCUGUGCCACGCCAACAGAUCUCCUCCCUCCUCUGUCGUAGCCCGGAGGAGGAAACUAACGCACAUCAGGACCCGAAAUGGCCCCCAUCAUUUAUCUCCCCUCCUUUUUUUUCUGUAGCAUCCUUCCGGUAAGGCAUGAAUGAAGCAGAGAAAGCCCCGCCUACUAGUCCGCCCGCCCUAGAGUAAGCUCUAACUUCUAUGCAACGUUACAGAAUAUAGCAUGAAAAAUAAGGUAGAGGAGGUGUUGAUCCUGAACACUCCACGAGCAUGAUGACAUCCAGAGCAAUAGCAGUUUUUCCUUCGGGGGGGGGGGGGGGGGUGGUUGUUGGUUUUUUCAGUGUGGACGCCCUCACUGCCUUCCUGUUCUGAGUCUGACGGGGACGACUCAAUAAUUCAGAACACGCAGCUCUCAGUCUUUGUUUCUGUCUCCUCUCAGACUCUUUCAUGUCACACUCCUCCUGUUUCAACACCUCAGAGACACUCUUACAGUCGCACGCUGCUUUCAUGUUGUCUCUCUGUAAUCAUCAGUAUUUUUUAAAGGGACAGUUCACAUUGUUUUGCUGUGGGGUUCUAUGAAUAAGGCGAGUGUUUUACCUACAGAUGAUGAAGGUCAGCACGGCUCCUGUUCGGAGGAUCCAGGAGGAGCACUGACACUGAAACGAAGCUCAAAACAAAAUGAUACUUUAGGUUCUAAACCCUUAAAAACAAAAGCCCCAAUGGCCGACUGGGGACACAUCGUUAAAAAUUAAAUUAAAUUAAAUUAAGCACAGUGGUGCAGUGGUUAGCGCUGUUGCCUCACAGCUGGUUUGAAUCCCCGUCUGUCAGAAGCCUCUCUGUGUGGAGUCUGCAUGUUCUCCUCGUGCAUGUGUGGGUUCUCUCCAGGUACUCCGGCUUCCUCCCACAGUCCAAAGACAUGCUCGUUAGGUUAAUUGAUUACUCUAAAAAAUUGUCCGUAGGUGUGAGUGUGAGUGCAGCUGAUUGUCUGUCUUUAUACUUCAGCCCUGUGAUUUGCCUCAGACACUACAAAAAACAUGAUGCAGAGCUAUGAAGCGGAACAAAAAAAAAGAUUAAAAUAAAUGUAUUGACAAUUUUUUUCCAGCCACACAUUCAGGACCCACUGAAAAUGGUUCUGCGACCUGUUUUUGGGUCCUGACCUCCAAGUUGAGACCCAAUGCUUUACACAACCCCACACAAAAAAAAAUCUAAACAGUCCUUUUAAUCACAUGUAGCCAUGGAUACAUCGUAGGUAACAAGUGUCCGAUAACCAUUCUUUAUUCUGCUUUUUUAGGAUGAUAAGGUACUUUGGUUUUUGGGAAGUCCGUGUCUUUCGUCUGUGGUUGUUUCCUGAGGAUUCGUAUUUCAGUCCCGUGCUCAGUUUGAUUCAGAAUCUCUGCUCUGAGGAGAAAACACCGACCGACAGUCACAUCUUAUAAGAACCUGUUAGACUCCCUUUAGCUUCUCUCGUCCCCUCUUUAAGUGCUCCUUUAGUACCUUCUUCUUCUCCCCGCAGAGCUUGUUUUGGGGCUGUAUUACAUGUGUAGCUGCGAGCUAGCCUCUUACUGUCAUAGUGAUAGUGCUACGUUUAAGGUGGCACCAUUAAUCCCAGUGUGAACACCUGGGAACAUGUAGCAGAAGUCCACCUUUAAACCCUAAGGCCUAAUAAAAUGAAAACAGUGUAAAUAGCGAACAGUGUAGGUACUUAAACUCUCCACAGUUUUAUGUGGGACUGCGACAUACGAAGUCAAAGAAGAGCGGUGUGAAGCUGCGAGCGCUUCGUUCGGCUCUUCUUUCCAAGUGUGCAGGCACAACUUGUAGGCAGAAUAUGCCAAAGCUUUUCUACCAUUUGCAUAACCAUUUCUAAGGAACUUUAAGUGUGUGAAUGUGCGUCUCUUUUUCCCAGUAUAGCAUAGAGUCAGUGUUCCUUCUGCAAGUGAAAAUCAUUUAUACGGUCAUAUUGUGAUUAUGUAUAAAGUAUCUCUUUCAGGUAGGGGGGGGGGGGGGGGGGGGGGUUAAAGGUAGACUUGGAUGUUUUUGGAAAUAUGUCAAUUUGCUUUCUUUCUAAAAAAUCUGUGCUGUAAGAAUUCCGCUGAAGCUAGGAGAAAGUUAGCCUAGCUUAGCAUAAAUUCUAGAGGCUAGGCUCGACAGGAAGUCCAAGGUUUAAAAAAAUCCUCAGAAAAUAAAACGCCCAUGUUUAAAUUAAUUGUUUAGAAGUUACAGGAAAAUUAAGAAACCACUUCACAACAGGUGAUGUUUGUAGCCCCCUUAGCUAGUUAAACGCUUUUGUGAAUCUGUUAGCCAGAACGCUAACGGUGCGCUAGUAAUAUUCAAAGUCAAUGACCUGUGGAUGAUAUAAAGUUAAUUCUAUUUGACAGAAGGGAUGUAACGAUACCUUGCAAUACAAUCAAAUAUCAAAACAAAUAUGGACGAUUUAAAUCAAUCUGGCAAAACUAUAUAUUGCAAUACCCUUUCUUUAACCAGCAGAGGGCGCCAUCUGCUUCAGGCAUCCUUUGUUCAUCAGUAGCUGAAGAAGAGAGUCGACAGACAUGGCGGAAGGAAGUGAUGAUUUGGG